UAUGUAUAUGUGUUUAUACAGUUAUAAGAGGUACACAUAGCUGUGAUUAUGUAUGCGUUUUUGUGUUGCGUUGCAUGUAUUGUUGUCUAAGCGGAUGCAUAUUUUGUUGUCUGGCGACAACUCGAAGAAUGGUCGGAAAGGCAUCGACAGAGAAUUACUAGGAGAAACAAAAACAAAAAACAAAAAAAAAAAAAACAAAUGCACAUACAUACAGAGAGGCGCGCGCAUACACGCACACAUACACACACACACACACACACACACACACAAUGCGUAUGUGAAAGCAUGCACGUGAAAUUUUGAGGGAAGAGAUAUAACAGUCAAAAAUUCAUGGCAAUUCUACCUUUCGAGUCGACCCUUUUCUUUCCUUUGUAUUCUCCCCCCUCACUAUUUCAUCUCUCUCUCUCUCUCUCUCUUUCAUUUCCCGUUUCCUCUUCUACAUUCUUUCUCACUCCCUGUCGUCGUCAACAUUAGGUUUCUCCUACUACGCAUAUCUUUCGGUCGGUGCCUGCUCAGCUAUCAUCAUCCCUCGCUGAUAGGUAUUAUACACAUAGCAAGCAUUGUUGUUAGCUGGGACUGCAAAGCAAGGUAGGCGUGUCAGUGUAGCCGUCUGGGUGCUACUAUUAGUGUUUGGUUCUGUCUGGUCUGGCAGUCAGUUAAGUCGGUUGGUCGGUGUUUGUUGUAUACUGCUACUUGGUCAGACUGAAAGAGAAGGCAAUCACCAAUCUAGCCAACAAUUUCCCUUCUAUGGACGAACGGUUCUUAAUUUGAAGAAGGAAAACUAAAAUAUUUUCACAUAAACACACACAAGUGCCACAUAACGGAAAAUAGAGUUUUAUCAUUAUUAUUCAAGAUUAAAAAAGGAGAAACACAAACUGUGGGACAAAUAAUUUCAUUUUAACGUCACUUGAAACGGAAAGUACCAUUCACAAGUAUUUAAACAAAAACAAUGAUAAAGCAAAACCCGAACAAUAACGGUUCUAGUGGUACUGAUAAGAAAUACCAGUCUCAUAUUGUGGAAAUAAUUACAUAAAUUACAUAUAUUACCUAAGGACGAAGCAAAAAAAAACAAAAAAAACAAAAAAAAAGAGAAAGGAGAAAAGAGAGAGAGAGGAGAAAAGAAAGAAAGAGAUAACAAACGAAGGUAAUGAAUGAACAAGUCAAAUUUUGUGUGAAAAUAAUUAAGAAUUGGAGCUGAUUUUGGCAUUGAAAGAAAAAUCAAACUGGAAGCGGACCAGCCCGCUUCACUCCUAUCUUUCUUUUUCAUAGAGGAAAAUCAAAAAUCUAAAUGCAGUAAUAAUAUUUCCCAUAUUGCCCUGCAUCAAAUUUGGUUUCCAUUGCGAAGCACUAAAAACGUUAAUUUAUACCAGUGAACUCAAGAACAUCGCCAAACAACUACUAUUACUACCGCCACCUCCAGUAACCACCAUUUAAAAUUACUACUGUAUUACUUCUACAGUAGUAAAACAACAUUACUCCAUUUCUAAAGGUAUUUGGUUUAAAAUUCCUAUAAGGUUAUCGUUGUGAUUUUGGCUUAGGCCACAGAAAAGCUGUCCUCAUGUUACUCGAAGGAUCAGAUAUGAUGGCUGCACAAUCAAAACUCCUUUUCCAGUUAAACAAGUAUUAUAAUGAACGUGUACAAACACGAAAGGCUAACAUUGCUAAGACGGUAAGAGAGGUGUGCAAAGUAGUACAGGACGUUCUGAAAGAGGUUGAAGUACAAGAGCCUCGCUUCAUAAGCUCCUUGAACGAAUCGAACACAGGUCGAUAUGAAGGUAUGGAAGUUAUAUCACCAACAGAAUAUGAAGUCGUUCUAUAUCUAAACCAAAUGGGCGUCUUUAAUUUUGUAGACGAUGGAACUAUACCUGGUUGUGCCGUGUUGAAAUUAAGUGACGGUCGUAAACGGUCCAUGUCACUCUGGGUCGAAUUCAUUACUGCUUCCGGAUACCUAUCAGCAAGGAAAAUACGUUCAAGGUUCCAAACACUGGUGGCGCAGGCAGUGGACAAGUGCAGUUACCGAGAGGUUGUGAAAAUGGUUGCCGAUACCACAGAGGUGAAGUUACGUAUCAAAGAAAGGUAUGUAGUGCAGAUAACACCGGCCUUUCGUUGCGGGGGCAUAUGGUCACGGAGCGCAGCACACUGGCCUGUCCCUCAUAUACCGUGGCCAAGCCCGAAUUUAAUAGCUGAAGUGAAAACCGAAGGAUUUGAUCUAUUAUCCAAGGAAAGUAUUUACAUGAAAGACAAACAAUCGGCAGCUGAGGGUGACGCGUGGGUGAUGUCGUUUAAAUACGCUGAAGACAGACUGUUGUGUGGUGGGUGCAGAAGAAAGUGCUUGAGUAUACUAAAAGCAAUGAGAGACCGACACUUGGAGCUACCCAGUCAGCCCAUCACAAAUUACCACAUGAAGACAUUACUGCUGUACGAGUGUGAAAAACACCCGAGAGAAGUGGAGUGGGACGAUACAUGUUUAGGGGACAGAAUUAACGGUAUUCUCCUGCAAUUGAUCUCGUGUCUACAAAAUCGGAGGUGUCCGCAUUAUUUUCUUCCAAACUUGGACCUUUUUAAAGGCAGAUCUCCAUCAGCAAUGGAUAGCGCUGCUAAACAAGUGUGGAGAAUUCUCAGGGAGUUGUUAACUAAUCCGAGAAGCUUGGAAAAACUCUAGAGGAAAAAAGCAUUAACACAUAAACAGAAAACAUACACACGCCACACAAAACAACUAAUAUUUAUGGUCACUUGUUUUCAUUUAACAACCUCUAAUGAUCAUCGUUAAUUACAUUCAUUUGAUACGAUGCUACUACUAUUAUUAUUAUUAAUAAUAAUUACAACAACUACAACUCUUA